UCAUCUACAAUGUGGUGAUGACGGCCGGGAGGCUGGUGAUAGCAGUCGGGUUUGUGAGAGCAUACCUGGCUAGGGGUAGCUAUCACAGUCUAUUACUCAAUAGAAAAGCCUUUGAAAUUCUUCCAAACAGGAGCCUUACUGGAGAUUUUACAUUGUGCUAUAGGAAUUGUGCCAUCUUCUGUUGUCCUGACUUCUUUCCAGGUGAUGUCAAGAGUUUUUCUAAUAUGGGCAGUAAAACAUAGUGUCAAAGAGGUGCAGAAUGAAGACAGUGUCUUUCUGUUUGUUAUUGCCUGGACAAUCACGGAAAUUAUCCGUUACUCCUUUUAUACAGUCAGUCUAUUAAACCAUUUGCCUUACAUCAUCAAAUGGGCCAGGUACACGCUUUUCAUCGUGCUGUACCCAAUGGGAGUGACAGGAGAAUUGCUUACAAUAUAUGCAGCUCUGCCCUUUGUCCGACAGGCUGGCCUGUACUCCAUCAGCUUACCUAACAAGUACAACUUCUCCUUUGACUACUAUGCAUUCCUGACUCUGGUAAUGAUCUCCUACAUUCCACUAUUCCCCCAGCUCUACUUCCACACGAUCCACCAGAGAAGAAAGGUCCUUUCCCGCACUGAAGAACACGAGAAGUUUGACUAACUCUCCACACCACUACCCCAAACCAAACUUUUCAAUGAUCAAAAAAUGCUGCAGACUUUUUGAGUUCCCAGUACAUUUCAUAGAAAAUAAGUAAGAACUAUUUUUCAAAUAUUAAAAACAAAACAAAAUAAAAACCAAAAUCCAGUGUCACAUGGGCCUGGGAUUUUAUAAAAAAUAAAAAUAAAGAUAAAAAUGAAAAAGCUGUUACAUAAAGCAUCCCAGCUGGUCCUUUGAGCCUGGUCUA